GGAGGUAUAUAAGGAAAACUAAAACUAGAAAAGUCAUGAUCCUCAUCAGCAUACGAGACAGACCUCAUAUAGAGCAUCAUCGCAGGUAAAUGUACUAUUACACUAUACUCUCUAUGACAGACUUAUACUAUAUUCUCUAAGAACUGGUUUAAUUUUGCUUAAGCAUUGACAAUUUUAAUCACUUUUCUGAAUCUACCUGGUUAAGCUCUGUGAACCCAAACAAACUGAGUCUCUGAAACACAGGGGUCUUGACACCUCUUGAUCGCAGACAAAGUAGGCAUUCAUACAGUGACACAUCAGGUCCAGAAGUGAUUGGCAAUUUCAAGAAACGGCCAAACACCAGUCAGGAAAAGAAUAUAAAGUCUAUGCACAGAGUUGGAAGUGAAUAGUAUUAGAAUAUUGGAAUUCGGAAUCUUAGCAGUAGUACUGAAAGAAUACCAAUUACGGGAAAGUGACCAAGGGACUGAGCAUUUAAGCCUGUGUUCGAUAGACAAAAACUUCAAGCCCAAGAUGGGAAGAUAAGACAAGAAGGAACUAAGGGUCGCUCAGCAAUGAGGAAAUUAUUCAAAUUAACAGAUGAUACAGCAACCACAGACACACAGAGCCUAUCACCUACCCAUAUUUAAUGGGGUUAGUUUGAAGUCUAAUAAUUGGCUGAUGCACACACCUAUUUUGCAAGUCCCAGGUAGAGUACAAACUUUGCAUGAGGCUCAACAAUACACAGCUGACCAGCCAUAUCACCUCUUACUGUACUACAAACAUCCUUCCCUCCUCUGUGAAGAUGUCCAGCUCUCAAAUAACCACCACUAAUGGGGAGGUGGUCAUCAACCAUGUCUACCCCUAUGGGAACGGGAUGGGGGUUGCAGGGGUCGCAUCUGCUCCUCACUGUCUGGGACAGACGGUCUCCUCAGUGCUGGGAAGUUUCCAAGCAGGGUAUCCAAAAGUGCUGGGAACCAUACAGAUCAUGAUUGGUUUGAUAAUGCUGUUAACAGGAAUCGUGAUGACUUCAGGACCACUAGUAGACAAUAUUGGAGGAAUUAGUGGAAUAUUUGUCUGGGGAUCUAUCAUUUAUGUAGUUGCAGGCUCUCUAACUGUUGCUGCUGACAACAAACUGAACAAAUGUCUGGUAAAAGGCUCCCUUGGAAUGAAUGUUGUCGCCACGGUUACUGCUGCUAUUGGCACCAUUCUGCAUUCUUUAGACGGUGCUGGGAUCAUCUUGUACCACUACUACUGUGACUAUCCACGCUAUCCUUCAUACGACACUCGAUCCUAUAUCAACUACCCUGGAUCCUAUUUUUGUCAACAGUAUUGGGUCAGGUCCAAGGGAAUAUCAGGUGUUUUGGCUGUUUUCUCCUUGCUGGAGUUCAUAGUGUCCAUCUGUGUCUCGUCAUUCGCCUGCAGAGCUGUCUGCCUGUGCUGCCGUUCCACCCCUGAGCAAGUGUUCAUCAUUGGGAAUCAAAUACCGGUACCUCAUGGCAGCAUGACUCCAAGCAACACACCUUACCCUCCUCUGAUCAACUACGAGACUGGGAACUACCCAAAGGGUCCUGUGGGAGACGGUAUGGGUACAGGGUUUCAACAGAAUCCCCUGCCUCCUCAAUACACUGCUGUCAUCCCUUGAGAAUUGGGCCUCCGUGAAUACAUUGUUCUUUUUCUUGUUGAAAUUGUGUUCUCUAGGCCUAUUUUUCUGAUACAAGCCAGGUAACAGUGGGCACCACAUUACUGAUCUGAAUAAUUUGACAGUUAAAUAUUGAUAAUGUAUUGUAAUGCAAUGUUUCAGUAUAAUUUUUAGGUUACUAUAUGAUUGAUUUUAUAACCUCAUGUUUUUGUCAUUUCUAUCUUUCUUUAAUUGAUAUAUUUUAAUCAUAAUUUCUUAUAUAAAAGUAUAGCUGAUUUAUCAACUAAAUUCAACCACUGCUAUAUGACAGAAUAUGAUGAUGCAUCAUUUUUAAUAACACACAAAUGCAUAUUUAACUUAAUGUCUUGAAACAAUAAAACUUUUUUUAGUUUAAAGUCACUUUUAUCUUCUAUACAAUGUAAUUAAUGACAUUCAUAUUUCGGGUAAAUAUUGAUCUUUAACGUAAUGCUAGACCUAAAUAAAUGUAUAUUUUUGGAGAAUUGGUUGAAGGGUCUGAAAACAUCCUGAUAAGGAGGGAGUGGUAUGUGGCUGUUUACAUUGGGCAUUAGCCUAUAUCCUUUCUAUCUUGAGUGUCUGCAACAUUAAAGUUCAUGAACAGUCAAAACCAUGUGUUUCAUGAAAUUGUAUGAUCUUUUAAGAAACCAUUUCAAAGUAUGAUGACCAAAGUAUGAAAAAUGACAGUUGCUUCUACAGUGCCAUUAAAAAGUAUUUUUCCCCUU